AUGCUGUUUGCUGACAUUCAGUCAUUUGUCACUGAACAGUCAGCGCGCGUUCCCAUGUCAUGGUCACAUCCCAUCCCCAGCGUUGUCCUUGUGGGUUUAUCCCCCUGUGCCUGUGUCAGUGCUCGCUGCAGUGCUGGUGUCUUUGGCUCAGACCCGAGCGCAGCCUCAGGGACUGCUGGUGACGCACAGGGGAGCAUGGUUGCCGGCGCAGCCACACGGCUCCUAACCCAGCACAGUGACAACACAGAUGAAUUACUUUCAGAACGAGGCUGGGCCUCCGGUCCUGACCCCCUGGAGCUGCCCCGCAUUCCCACCGUGCUGUCUGUCCCAAAUGUCAUAGAAUUAUUCUACCAGCAUAGCUACUCUGAAGGUUGGAAAAGACCUGUAGGACUACUGAGCCCAACCUCAGCCCUGACCACAUCCCUCAGGGCCACAUCCCCACAGCCCCUGAACACCCCCAGGGCUGGUGACUCUACCACCUCCCUGGGCAGCUGCGCCGGUGCUUGCCUGGCACGGGAGAAGAAAUGUUUCCUAACGCCCAACCUGCCCCUCCCCUGGCACAACGUGAGGCCAUCAGCUCUCACCCUUUUGUUGUUACAUGGAGCAGAGGCCAGCCCCCACCUUGCCACAACCUCCUCUCAGGAGCUGUACAGAGCCAUAAGGGCUCCCCUGAGCCUCCUCCACGCCAAACCAUCCCAGCUCCCUCAGCCACUCUCCAUAGGACUGAGCUCAGACCCUGCGCAGCUCUGCGCCUUUUCUCUGGGCACACUCCAGGCCCUCAGUGUCUUUCUGGUAGAGAAGGGCCCGAAACUGACCACAGCACUGAGGUGCAGCCUUACCAGAGCUGAGUACAGAGGGACGAUCACCUCCUGCUCUGCUGGCUGCGCUGCUGCCGACACAACCAGGAUGCUGUUGGCCUUCUUGGCCACCUGGGCACACUGCUGAUCAGCAGCCGCCCGCAAACCCCCGCAGAUCCUUUUCCCCCACACAGCCUCCCAGCCACCGCCCCACGCCCAUAGCGCUGCAUGGGGUUGGUGUAGCUGAAGUGCAGGACCCGGCACUUGGUCUCAUUGAACUUCACCCCAUUGCCCUCAGCCCAGCGACCAGCCCAUCCUGAUCCUCUGCAGGGCCUUCCCACAGAGCACCUCUCCUGUGCACAGCCCUGAGAAUGCAAGGCAAGCACUGCAACACGGUACAGGCAGGUGAUAAACGGAGGAGACCUGCACUGUGGGGGAGGCUGCCCACGGUGCAGCCCCUCCGGUGCCUGGCAAGGAGCAGGGGGAGCAGGAGGUGCCAGCAGCCUGCCGGGAAGUGCUG